AUGGAGACGAUUGAAAGGAACGAAACUACGUCAUCCAGCAAGCUGGCAAAGGAUAUUAGUACAAGUCACAACUCAAAACAACCUGACGCUGUCGAUGAAGAUGAGACAUAUUCAAGGAUCACGCUUGGUACUGAACCCACAGCAUCUGAAAGUGAACAACGAGUUAUUGGUGUAAAUUGGAACUUCGUUGAAGAUCAACUUGUUUUUGACUUAAGUGGCAUAGCUGAAUUGCCCAAAACCUCUGAACCCACCAAGCGAAAUAUCAUUCGACUCCCCGCUAAGUUUUACGACCCGUUGGGAUAUAUGUCACCAAUAACUGUCCAAUUUAAACAAAUUUUCCAAGAGUUAUGCGAAGGUAAAGUUGGUUGGGAUGAUGAGAUCUCACAUUCGAUAAGAGUAAAAUGGGAGAAACUAGUAGCAGAACUACUGAAGAUGAAACGCAUUCUCCUUCCCCGUUGCUAUUUCUAUAACAUAAGCGAGAGAGUAAUUUCUUCCACCAUCUAUGGCUUCUGUGAUGCGUCAAAGAUGGCAUAUGCAUGACCUAUUUGGUAAUUAGAACUGCCAGCAGUACUUACGUAAGAUUUUUAGCAUCUAAGACAAGAGUGGUCCCCAUUGACAAACAAACUAUUCCUCGAUUCGAACUGUUAUCCUGUCUCAUCCUUGCAAAAUUACCUAAAGACGUGGAGGAAGUCUUACGUCUGGAGUUACAAUUGCAAGAUUCAGUUUGCUGGACUGAUUCGAAAGUAGCGUUGUUUUGGAUCAAGAAUGAAGAUCGGGAGUGGAAACAGUUCGUGCAGAACCGAGCAAUGGAAAUCCGCAAUCUGAUAAGCCCGAAUUCUUGGCGACACACUGUCCAGGCGGAGAUAACCCAGCUGACAUACCUUCAAGAGGAAUAAAACCCUGCAGAGCUAGCGGACGGUAUACUAUGGCACAGUGGUCCAGAUUGGCCAGGUUAAACUAAUACUGAAGAACUUGAAGACGGUGACGAGCAAUGCGUACCACCAGAACUAGAGUGUUUAGCGGAAAUGAAAAUAACGAAACCGCGAAGUUUAUCAAACCCUACACUGAGUAAUUCUUCGCAUGGCCUCAACGAAAUUAUAAGGCGCGAGUGAUUUGGAACCCUAGAACGACUUCUUCGGGUGACAGCGUAUGUUCUACGAUUUUUGAAAGCAGUGCAACACAAGAAGGACGGUAGAAUUGAAGGUGGUAGUUUAAGUACGAACGAAAUUGAUGAAGCUCACACUGUGUGGAUGAAGGAAAUGCAACCUGAGAUAGGGGAAUUUAAACACUGGAAGAUUCAGUUUGACCUUUAUCUUGACGAAAAAAAUGUAUGGAGAUGCAAGGGAAGAUUGGGAAGGGCAAACUUGCCAUUAAUGACGAAGUAUCCUAUCAUAUUGGACAAGAAUCAUUAUCUCACAACCCUAAUCAUUCGGGAGUGCCACAAGAAAGUGAUGCAUAAUGGCGUAAAGGAGACCCUGACUGAAUUGCGAUCCUAGUGUUGGCAUGUUCGAGGAAGACAGUUUAUUCGGACACAACUGGGCAAGUGUGCUACUUGCCGCAGGUUUGAAGGAAAACUUUACCAAGCUCCACCCGCACCUCCGCUGCCAGAGUUCCGAGUAAACGAGGCACCUCCCUUUACUGCGACGGGCAUAGAUUUUCUCGGUCCGUUAUACGUGAAGACGAGAGAGGAAAAUCCGAAAGUCUGGAUCUGUUUAUAUACAUGUUGCGUAGUCAGAGCACUACAUUUGGAUGUCGUGCCAAAUUUGACGUCAGAAGGAUUCAUGAGGAGUUUCAAAAAAUUUACUGCCCAAAGAGGAACACCAUCAACUAUUAUAACGGACAACGGUGGGACAUUUAAACCCGCGGCGAAAGAAAUUACUACCAUUUUAACUCAUCCUGACGUAAAAAAAUUCUUUCCUGGAAAGCGCAUAACAUGGCAUUUCAACUUGGAAAAGGCCCCUUGGUGGGGAGGCUUCUUUGACAGGCUGGUGAAAACGACGAAGAGAUGCUUAAUUAAAGAAAACCUUGGGAACGGCUAAACUCACAAAGGAAGAGCUUCUCACAGCAACAGUUGAAGUAGAAAUAAUCCUCAAUUCUCGCCCUCUUUCGUAUAUAAUUUCCACAGAGGACUUCGAAGAACCGCUCACGCCUUCACAUCUGCUGAUAGGCAGAAGGCUAUCGAGUCUGCCAGAACCCAACUACAAUGAGGACGAUACACAUUUUGACAUUAAGUUAGAUACGGAUGAUUUAAGCCGGAGGAUGAGACAUUUAAGUAAUGUUAUGAAUCAUUUCUGGUCGAGAUGGAGGAAUGAGUACUUGAAGGAGUUGGGAGAAUCUCACCGAGUUGAGAAACGGAAUGAAAAUGAAACCGUCAGUCUUGGGGAUAUUGUAGUAAUCUACGAAGAAUCACGUCCCAGAGGACUUUGGAAAG